UGUAAAGCAAACGGAGUCGGCGUUGUUAUGCUGAGUGUGCAUGCCUUCGCCUCACCGCCGACAAACUGGUUGCUAGCUUCAUAGGUUAGCAUACCUAGCUUCUUAAUCUAUCCUCGUCGAGUUUGCCCGCUUUACACCAUAAUUGGGUUUUCAAACUAAGAGUGUGGCUGUUACUUAAGUGGUCAGCACGCAUUUACUCACAAGUGAGAUGUUUAUUUUGAAAGCUAGCACCGGAAGUACGUGUGUAGUCGUCAAUGUAAAGUGACUGUCGGGCUUCUACUAUGCUGAGAUGGCAUCAAAUUAUUUAGUACACGUUCAUGAGGUGCGAAUAAAAUAUGUCAUUCAGGUUCUGGGUCUGAUGUUGGGCGACAGCCUGCAGUUUCGCGCGUACGUGGUGAUUUUCCCAGUUGAGUAAUCGCUCGUGCCGCUGUGUUGCUACAGUUAUAGUAGGAAGACUGAGCACGGGGAUUUCCUCGCUUGCUUGUUUUGUAGGCGGGGAGUUAUUUGCCACUUUCACAAACAGGCGCUGAGGUCGGAGACAGAGUCGUGGUAUGUCAGAACUGUGCAAAUAGGUGGCUUUUGCGAUAAAUAGUUUGCCAAGGCGUCUCGUGUCCACUGUAUCCCGCCGCUUCUCGGUGGUUUGUCAACUCAUGCGCGUUUUGCUGUUCAGACCUGCUGCUUCAUCACCUCGCUGGGAAAAGGAGCAAGAGCAAGCCGAGGCAGCGGUUUAGCGGGAUCAGGUAACAAGAACAGAUGAGGGCACAUAUAAGAGCCCGACAGAGCUGGCAGUGGUGUGUGGAUGGAGACAGGGAGUGACCAACCAGCAGUACAGGUGGACGCGGCUCUCGUGGCAUGACUACCACAAACAAGGGAAACAAGGCCUUGAAGGUGAAGCGGGAGCCAGGCGAAAAUGGCACCAGCCUGACAGAUGAUGAGCUGGUGACAAUGUCAGUGCGAGAGCUAAAUCAGCAUCUACGGGGUCUGUCAAAGGAGGAAAUUCUGCAGCUGAAGCAGAGGCGGCGUACCCUGAAGAACCGGGGCUAUGCUGCCAGCUGCCGGGUGAAGCGUGUCACCCAGAAAGAGGAGCUAGAGAAGCAAAAGGCCCAGCUGCAGCAGGAAGUGGACAAGCUGGCCACAGAGAAUGCCAGCAUGAAGGUGGAGCUGGAUGCUCUACGUUCAAAGUAUGAGGCCCUCCAGAGCUUUGCCAGGACUGUGGCCCGCAACCCUGUCACCUCACCUAGGGGACCUAUGGCCUCUGUCAUAGGGCCCCUCAUCCCUGGUAAAGUAGCUGCCACCAGCGUCAUCACCAUCGUCAAAUCCAAAACAGAGGCUAGAUCGUAGUAGCAGAAAGGGCAGGAGGAAGGUUUUCAAGACUAAACUAGUCAGUGCAUUGUAACAUGGGACAGGACUACCUGUGUAAGUUCUCAGUUUUACCCCCUGUCACUAACACUAACAAUAUCCUUCCCAAAUUCUCAGCAGUCUGCGCUUAUCAACACGUCCUUUAGGGUGACACAACUGAAUCGAACAAUUAGGGAUAUCACAGUUUGUUACUACUGAACGGGGGCUUAUUAGAAGUGCUGAAACACUUGAUUUAAAACUGUGGUUACAGAUGUUCAAGAAAGCAAUAUUGCAUCGCAAAGGUUCAAAGUGGCAUCAAAUUCAGACUGUUAAUGGCUUGUUGAUUUUUGAUAUGUACUUUAUGUGAUGUCUGUUUCCUUAAGACUGAGCUCUGAAGUCUUUCUGUCCUGAGAUUUGGAAUUAGCAGUCUCACAGCUUGUUAUUAUGCACUGACUUCAAUUAGGGUAAAUGGCAAAUGGUCACAGACUCUUGGUGUGGAUGCUACAGAUGUCUUCAAAGCAGCCUGACUAACCCAAAACUAGUAAAUCAGUCCAAUUUGUGAUUUUUUUUUUUUUUGUUGUUGGUCAUCUGUCAAGAAUAUAAGCAUGAAAUAAUGCUCCCAAAUCUGGCAUUCAUUUCUGUUUAUGCAUCUGUGACAGGCUUUAAAGGACUUGUCAUUAUCAAUAUGACCGGUAGAUGCAAUAAUAUAUGUAUGCACUGAAAAUACAAAGAAGUCUUGCAUAUUUAUAGUUAAGUGGAAAUGUUAAUGAUCAGCAGUGCUUUAGCAGUUCAGUAAUGCUGUUGUUCCAGAGCUGAGUGCCAUUCCAAUAUGACAAGAUUCUUCUACAAUAUCUGAAAACCUGAAUGUUAUUACAGUAAUAUCCUCGUGUUUUGUGGGGACAGUGAAAUCCACAAAUGUUUUGAAACAUAAUUUUUGCUCAUAGAGAACAUAUGUUCAAGUUGUUU